CGCAACGAGGCGACGGAUUUGACAUUUUGUUUUAAAUCGAAUCAAGCGAGAGAAAUUGAAUUGAAUUAAAUUGAACAAACUAUAAAAGUUACCUUAUCGAUCUGUUUUGUAAACAUGUCUAAUGAUUAUGGAUUCAAUAGUGAUGACUCUCCCAAUAAGACUAAUUCACAUUUACAACUUCCAAGUCCAAUAAUUACCAGACGAAACAGAACUGCGUCAACGUCAGAAAGGGCACUAGGAAACCCAUUGGAAAGUGGUAAAAUAAAAUCAUUCUGCCGCGAAAGGGGUCAUGGAUUCGUGACCCCAGAAAAAGGAGGCGAAGACCUAUUUGUCCAUAUUUCUGACAUUGAAGGUGAAUAUGUGCCAUUGCCAGGAGAUGAAGUGAUUUACCGACUCUGUCCAAUUCCACCUAAAUUUGAAAAAAAUCAGGCUGUCCAUGUUCGUAUAGUCCAUUUAACUCCUGAAAAGCAUCUUAAGUGGGACGAACCCCCUCUGUAACAAAUUACCAUUAGAAUACCUUCAUAAAUCUUUCCAUAAUUUUUUUGCCAUUACCUCUUUAUGACUUCACC